AGGCGACCGACCACUUCCCUCUUGUUGCUGUAAAACUGUUAAUUGACUGUGUGUAUUUGCCUGGUGCUAGGAUGGGGUUCCAUGCGUGUAGGCUUUUGAAUGUUUGUUAGUACAGGACCAGUGGUUGUUCCAACCUGCCUUUCAUAUCACCUCCACGCCUAUCCUAAUCAGUCUCCAGCUUCCAGCAUCGGGACGCUGGCGACAGAUUGUAGCGGUGGGGUCUAUGGGUAUCGACAUGAUGUCUCCGCCUUUGAGGAAUUUGAAGUGCUUUUCGCCGGUGAUGUGCCAGUGUAAGGUUAUUUGUAGCAAACGAACCCUCUCCCUCAUGUUCGGCUGCAAGAAAUACAGAUAUCAGGAUGAGGAGACCCCCCCCCUGGAGCAUAGCCCUGCCCACCUGGCUCACAGCAAGAGUGCCGAGAUGCUGCACAUGAGCGACAAGAACCUGGCCGCCAUGGACUCCAUGCACGGCUAUGCUCCCCACACACACAUCUCUCCCAUCAAGCCGGUGUUGAUGUCGGCUGGACACACCCCCCUGUACACCUCCGCGGUCUCCACUCUGGCAAACUCCCCUCCGAUGGUGGUGAACACAGACACACUGGAUGGCUCCCCCUAUGUGAACGGGACAGAGGGGGAGAUUGAAUAUGAGGAGAUUACUCUGGAGAGGGGCAACUCUGGACUGGGCUUCAGUAUUGCAGGAGGUACUGAUAACCCUCACGUGGGAGACGACCCCAGCAUCUUCAUCACCAAGAUCAUACCGGGAGGGGCAGCAGCACAAGAUGGCCGACUAAGAGUGAACGACAGCAUUCUGUUUGUGAAUGAUGUGGACGUGCGCGAGGUGACUCACAGCCAGGCUGUGGAGGCGCUCAAGGAGGCCGGCGCCAUUGUCAGACUCUACGUGCUGCGCAGGAAAGCCAUCGCCGAGAAAGUCCUCGAGCUCAAACUCAUCAAAGGACCCAAAGGUUUGGGGUUCAGUAUAGCAGGGGGUGUCGGUAAUCAGCACAUCCCGGGAGACAACAGCAUUUACGUGACCAAGAUCAUCGAGGGAGGAGCCGCGCAUAAAGAUGGCCGACUACAGAUAGGAGAUAAGAUACUAGCGGUCAAUAACGUGUGUUUGGAGGACGUGAUGCACGAGGAUGCUGUGGGGGCCCUUAAGAACACAGCUGAGGUGGUCUACCUGAGGGUGGCCAAACCCAACAACCUGUACCUGACCAAUACCUACAACCCACCAGACCUCACCAGCACGUAUUCGCCACACAUGGAUACAGACCUCGGGCAUCCCUACAUGGGCUCGGAUUACCCACAAGCCCUCACUCCCACCUCGCCCAGCCGCUUCUCUCCGGUGCUGCACGGCAUGCUGGGAGAGGAGGAUCUUCCUAGAGACCCGAGGCGUGUGCUGAUCCACCGGGGCUCCACAGGGUUGGGCUUUAAUAUAGUGGGGGGAGAGGAUGGCGAGGGGAUCUUCAUCUCCUUCAUCCUGGCAGGAGGCCCAGCGGACCUGAGUGGAGAGCUGCGCAAGGGAGACCAGAUUCUGAGCGUGAACGGAGUGGACCUGAGGGCCGCCACCCACGAGCAGGCGGCAGGAGCGCUGAAGAACGCCGGCCAGACCGUCACCAUCAUCGCCCAGUACAGACCCGAAGAAUACAGCCGGUUUGAGGCGAAAAUCCAUGAUCUGCGGGAGCAGCUUAUGAACAGCAGUAUGGGCUCUGGAACAACAACCCUGAGGAGUAACCCUAAGAGGGGCUUCUACAUCAGAGCGCUGUUUGACUAUGAUAAGACGGUGGACGGCGGUUUCCUGAGCCAGGCGAUGGGCUUUAAGUUUGGGGAUGUUCUGCACGUGCUGGACUGCGGCGAUGAGGAGUGGUGGCAAGCCAGACGCGUCUGUCCACAGGGAGAGGGCGAGGACAUCGGCUUCAUCCCCAGCAAGAGGAGGGUGGAGAGGAAAGAAUGGUCUCGGUUCAAGUCAAAAGACAGGGAUCGCAGUCGAGACAGUUUAGGAUCACAAGGGAGAGAAGAAGUAGGGAACAGUUAUGAAACCGUCACACAAGUUGAAGUGCACUAUGCGAGGCCCAUCAUUAUUUUAGGGCCGGUGAAAGAUCGGGUAAACGACGACCUGCUGUCUGAGUUCCCCGACAAGUUUGGCUCCUGUGUGCCUCAUACAACACGACCAAAGCGGGAAUACGAGGUGGACGGGAGAGACUACCACUUUGUGUCGUCACGGGAACAGAUGGAGAAAGACAUCCAGAGUCAUCGCUUCAUCGAAGCAGGCCAGUACAACAGCCACCUCUAUGGCACCAGUGUCCAGAGCGUCAGAGAAGUGGCUGAGCAGCAAGGUAAGCAUUGUAUUUUGGAUGUGUCAGCCAACGCGAUCCGCAGACUGCAGGCAGCACAGCUCCAUCCCAUAGCCAUCUUCGUCCGGCCCAAGACGCUGGAGAAUGUCCUAGAGCUCAACCCACGCCUAACAGAGGAGCAGGCGCGGAAAGGCAUGGACCGCGCCGUCAAGCUCGAGCAGGACUUCCUGGAGUGCUUCUCUGCUGUUGUGGAGGGCGAGCGGUUUGAGGAGGUCUACCAUCAAGUGAAAACAGUGAUCGAGGAACAGUCUGGGCCUUACAUCUGGAUCCCGACUAGGGAGAGGCUCUGAGCCUACCCCAGAAUCCAGCUCUCCAAUGCAGUCACCAUUCAGCCUAGCCGCCCCUCACCAUGGAGCUAAUGCCUAUAGAGGGAGGGAAGGAGGGAGCGAAAGAGAGAGAGAGAGAGAGAGGAGAGAGAGACUGUUCUCUUCUCUUGUAUGCAUUUUCAUCACUCGGUUUCCACAUACGAGAAAGGAGUGACAGAGGAUGUUCCACAACAGGGAAGACUAAAAGCGUGAGAGAGAGAGAGAGAGAUAGAUAGAUAGAGAG